AUUAAACUUAAGUAAACAAUACAUAUGGUGCAGACUUCGUAUAGGAAGGUGUCCGGCUUUAGAAAAACAAUCUAUUUAAUAAACUAUUUCGAUAUUUAACCCCUUGACCCUUGGGUUAAGAGUUUCAUGGUGGAAAUAAUAUUGAUUUACAUGUUCAAUUCUAUGUGAACACUUGUAGUAAAAACCUUGAUUUUUGUGUUCACUGGCACAGUCAGCGAUUUAUUAAAACCUUUUUAAAUAAGUUGUAACAAGUGUAUAUUGAAGACAUGUUAAACUUUUGUAAACCGGCUUGCAUUUUGCCAAUAUUAUUGACAUUUUGUGUCGUACAUGCUCAACAACAAAAAACAGUAUUAAAUGAACCCUCUAUAGAUGGAAUAGAUGGAAAAUUAACUGAGAACGGGCGAAAAACAUUUACCAAAGAUACAACUAAAAGUAAUCAUCGUAACGAAGAAUUCCAUGAAGAAUUGGUUGUGACACCACUUGCAGAUGGAUUUGUAAACACCUAUUUUCAAUUUACUACAAGAUGGAGAUAUGGUAAUAGAAGCAACUUGCACAAUACACGCUUAAUACCCCGGUCAAUUGCCGAAAUCCUGCUGUACUCCGAUGUUAAGGAAUUUCACAUAACCUUAACUCAAGGCCUAUGGCGUUAUCAGACAUGGGGUUAUCCAGUGGUAGAUGGUGCGCCUGGCGCAGAAGCAUGGUCCUGGUUCGCCGGUGAAAAUCUAACUGAAGCUGCCGUUGAUGAACAGUGGCAACGCGUUACCAGCACAUUUUCUGGUAUUGUCUGUGCCUCAUUAAAUUUUAUGGACAAAACCAACACUAUCACACCUAAAUAUGGGUUUCGACCUCAGUUUGUUAGUUCACCUACGAGUAAGUUGGCAAAACACUUGCGAUAUUCGAGUUUGCCACGCGAGAUAGUAUGCACGGAAAAUUUGACGCCAUGGAAAAAGCUUUUGCCAUGCAAUAGUCGAUACGGGUUUGCUUCGUUGCUUAAUUCCGGCCAUGUCCAUAACACGAACUACCAUUCUCUUUCUAUAAAAUUCCGUACGUUGUGCAACAGCCGGGAAGAAUGUAUUCUUGAAUUUACGGAAUCUGCUAAUUUGGUUUACGAUCCAAAGUUGUUGGGCUCUACGAACAAUUUCGACUUUUCCCUUAGGCGCAUGUUUGGCCAGGGACUUAAUGGGCAUUGUGCCUUAGCUGAUAGCAGUAAAAUAUACGUAAAUUUGGCUUUACACAUUCCCUACGAAAUUACCCCUUUACCUAUGUACAACAUCUCUUCAACUAGAGGUGGACAGACCACGCAUUAUGGCGUAUAUGAUGUGCAGCAAUUCAAAGAUGCCUCGCUGUUUAACAUAGCAUGGAUUUUGAGGAAAACACAAAACUAUGUUUUAACACCGCCAUCUCCACCUUUAAUAGCUCAUAGGUAUAUAGUGGGAUAUGGCCAAGAAAGGGGAAAAAUAAUUACUCAAAUCACAAAUAACCAUUAUGCAGAGUUGCCGAUAGUGCUACAAGAAAAUAUUCCAUGGUUUAUGCCCAUUUACAUGCACACCUUGAAAAUCAAGAACCAUCAAAGCGGAGAGAUCAUAGAACCCAUUGUGUUGCAAUAUCGCCCCGGUGUUCAGCGUGAAAGACCCUACUACUUGGAAUUGUCAUUUACAUUGCCUGCCAAAACCUCUGUUGAAAUAUCCUUCGAUUUUGAUUAUAUAUUUCUCAAAUGGCUUGAAUAUCCCCCAGAUGCCAAUCAUGGCCAUUAUAUAGGAUCCGGUGUUAUAACCUCAUUGCUACCAAUUGCCCGUAAUUAUACCUCGAUUCCAUUGAGUGGUUAUCGGUUUGCUGAUGCCUUUAAUGCUUCAAGAAAUGCAUACAUACUUACACUUAGAACGGAGUCCCUAAUAUUGUCACUGCCCACGCCGGAUUUCAGCAUGCCAUACAAUGUUAUAUGCUUGGCUUGUACAGUUGUCGCACUAGCUUUUGGUCCUAUACAUAGUGUGGCUACGAAAAAAAUUGUCAUCGAGCAACAAGACUCCGACGAACCACAAUCAUUUUUUGGUAAAAUCUUGAAAAAAUUGAAACGAUUCAAAAGGAAAAGCGAUAAAAAUGUUCCUGCCGCUGGCGAUGAGAGUGAAACGCAAACGGAUAACGUAAGCCUUGGUGAAAAAGCAAAGUAAUUUCCACGUCGAUAAAUGUAUACAAAUACGCAGAUGGCUUGAAAAUGUCUGCAAUAACUAGUCUGUACUGAAAUUCCAUUUUAUGUAUCCUUUUUUUUUUGUUUGUUAUUGAAUAAAUUUAUAAAUAAACUACGGUGAAAUUUAGUAUUGAA